AUGGUGUUGGAUUCUUCGGCCUCCUCCAGCACUCCGUCUUCAGCAUCGCUUAAGGCCAUCCAGUGGCCCGCCACCUUCAAACCUACUGGGAUUGAGAAGUACGACGGCGAGUCGGACCCCAAGACGUGGCUGCGCACCUACUCCAUCGCCGUCCGAGCUGCGAACGGCGACAACGACAUCAUGGCUGCCUAUGUCCCGGUCAUGAUGGGUCGCCACGCCCUCAACUGGCUCGAAGCGCUCCCCGCCAGCUCCAUCAACAGCUGGCAGGAUCUUUGCAGCACCUUCAUCCAGUACUACCAAGCAUCCUGCCCAGGUCCCAAAACCAGAUGGGAUCUGGCCAGCGUCAAACAGCAACCGGACGAGUCCCUCCGCGACUACAUCAAGAGGUACUUUGCUAACCGUAAUACCUUUACGGAGGCUGAUGACAGGGAUGUUAUCCACCACUUCCAUGAAGGCCUCCAUAACAUCAAACUAUGGAGGAAGAUGUUCGAGAGGAACCCCAAGACCGUGGGUGACAUGAUGUUGAUCAUCAACAAGCACGCCGACAUGGAAGAUGCCGAGCGAGCUCACCGCCGGCACAAGACCAAGAAUGACUCCUCCGAGCAUCCCCCACAGCGGGACAAUCACUCGGAACGACGAUGCGACAAUUGCCCACCUCGUCAUGGGAAGAAGCACGACCGCGCCGAGUCGUCCAAGAACCGCGACCGCAAGCGUGGCCCCGAUAACACCGUCGCUGAUGCAAAUCAUAUUGCCCGGGAGUGCCGAGCACUCUCCAACGGCAUCAUCAAGGACGACGACUCCAAGCGACCCCGCCGCGACGACCGCGACAGGCCGAGUGGUUCCAGAACCACCCGGAGGGAAGAUUCCCCAGGGAACUUCCAGGAAGAAGACAGGGCCGUCAACUUCAUAUUCGGCGGCCCCAGCAAGCAAUCAUGCCGGUGCAAGCUCAAGCUGGAUGAUCGCGAAGUCAACCUGGUGUUCAAACACCCGGUUGAACCCCUGCGGUGGUCGGAGACGCCGAUCACCUUUGACCGCCGCGACCACUGGGUCUACCUGCCCAGGCCGGGUGCCUACCCCCUCGUGGUCAGCCCGGUGGUGAGCCAGGUUCACCUGGCCAAAGUACUCGUCGAUGGUGGCAGCGCCCUCGACAUCAUUUUAGCCAGCACGUUGGAGAGCAUGGGCUACGACAUGACCUCCCUGGUCCCAUCUGACCAGGCCUUCUACGGCAUUAUCCCCAGAGCUGGGUUGACUCCGGUCGGCCGGGCCACCUUGCCGGACACCUUCGGCACCCGCAACAACUACUGCACCGAGAACUCAGUUCUUGUUGCUCAGGCAGCAAAGAACCUCCCGACAGACCAUCAGCAGAUCCCCGCCAAGGAGUCGACUUCCGAGUCGCAGCUCACGCCAGGCAUGGCGACCAAGACCAUCGUCCACUGGGAUGAUGAGCCGCACAAGACCGCCGUGAUCGGGGCCAGUAUAGCCCAAACAAACAACGAGCUGCAAGCGGACGCCACCGCAUCGGUCUGCAGACUCGCGGACGCCGCCGCAGCCAGGCGCGCCGCACGGUGGCAGCGGCACAACCGGGCGCCGGCCGCCGCCAUGGCUAUUGGCUCGCCCUCCCCGCCGGCAGGUGAAAUCGCGAGCCUCGACGACGCCGGGCCGGAGCAUCGUGCGGAGGUAGAAGGCAACCUGCAGCAGCAGCAGGCACCCUGCACGCCUAAGGAAAUCACGGCUAAGCCAAAAAGAAAGACACAAACACUUCUUUCAUUUUACAAGAAGAUUGAAGGUGCAGUUGGGGAUCUACAAGUACAAGGGCAGCAAGAUGAUUUGGCCAAUCAGGAUCAGAACCCUCAAUCUAAUGAAAAUGUUGUACUUGAAGAUGAGGCUCCAAGCAGGCAACGAUCUCCUAAAGUUCAGAGACUCAAUUCAGAUGCAAGUGUUUUGGUAGUCGAGCGUGAUCCAGGUUUACGCUGCCAAAUUUGGGAGUAUCCUAUUGAUGAACAAGAUGAAGCUCGCAGAAUAUACAUGAUGCAUGGUCCAUACCAUUUUCUCAUGGAUGAGUACCCUCUUUCUGGUUCAAAGAAACACCCACGCAGGUUUCAGGCUCAUUGGUUCAAAUCUUUUCCAUGGUUAGAGUAUUCACCAGACAAAGAUGCAGCUUUCUGCUUUCCUUGCUAUUUGUUUUCCAAGAAGCCAUCUGGAAGAGCAGGAUCUGAUGCAUUCACUGUGAAAGGGUUCAGGUCUUGGAAGAAAGUAAAUGAAGGAACAAAGUGUGCAUUUUUAUCUCACAUGGGAAGUGACUGCAAUUCUGCUCAUAGUUACAAUGUCAAAUGUUUUGAUAAUCUGCAGAAUCAAUCUGGUCAUAUUCGAAAUGUGUUCAAGAAGCAAACCAAUGAAGAUAUCAGAAGGAAUAGGCUUCGUCUUAGAGUAUCAAUUGACACAGUCCGAUGGUUAGCAUUCCAAGCUUGUGCUUUUCGUGGACAUGAUGAAUCUCCUACCUCCAAGAACCAAGGUAAUUUCCUUGAAAUGGUCAAACUUCUAGCUGCAUAUGAUGAGGAAGUUAAGGCUGUUGUACUAGGAAAUGCUCCAGGGAAUGCUAAAUAUACAUCACCAAAAAUUCAGAAGGAAAUCCUAAAUAUGAUGGCUUGCAAUGUGCAAAAGGCAAUUCGUACUGAAAUUGGUGAUGCAAAGUUUUGCUUGAUAGUAGAUGAAUCAAGAGAUGAAUCAAGAAGAGAACAAAUGGCACUUGUUGUUCGUUUUGUUGACCAAGAGGGAUUUAUUCGAGAACGCUUUCUCGAUAUUGUUCAUGUUCAUGAUACAACAUCUGCAACUCUUAAACAAGAAUUGUGCUCUGUGUUAUCUUUUCACAAAUUGGAUGUCCACAAUAUUCGGGGGCAGGGGUAUGAUGGUGCUAGUAACAUGCGUGGAGAAUGGAAUGGACUACAAGCAAAAUUUGCUGCAGACUGCCCUUAUGCAUACUAUGUCCAUUGUUUUGCUCACCAAUUACAAUUGGCUCUGGUUGCUGCAUCCAAAGAAGUACCUGAGGUUCAGAAUUUUUUUGAACAUCUUUCUUUUGUUGUCAAUACUGUUGUGUCUUCUAGUAAGAGAAAUGAUGACCUUCAUGCCAAUCAAGUAGCUGAAAUGGAACUUUUGGCUGAACUUAAUGAGCUUGAAACUGGAAGGGGAGCUAAUCAAAUUGGGACUUUAAAGCGGUCUGGUGAUACUAGAUGGAGCUCACAUUAUGAUUCUGUGUGCAGCCUAAUAAAAUUGUAUAAACCCACAUUCUUGGUCCUCAAGGACAUUGCUAAUACUAAAGGUCCAGGAACUUCACAAACAGUAAGAGGGAAGGCUGCUGGUGCUGUUACAUUGAUGAUGUCAUUUGACUUUGUAUUUAUUUUGCAUCUUAUGAAAGAACUGAUGGGAAUCACAGAUUUGCUUUGCAAGAAGUUACAACACAAGUCUCAAGAUAUUGUGAAUGCUAUGGAUGAUGUCGCCACCACAAAGAAGUUGCUUCAAAACUUGAGAGAGCAUGGUUGGGACAAUCUAAUUAGUGAUGUGAUAUCUUUUUGCAUGAAACAUGGAAUUGCUUAUCCAAACAUGGAAGACUUCUAUGCAGACUUCAUUCGAUCUCGUGCAGCUAAUGAGACUACAGUUGAGCAUCACUACAGAUAUGAUGUUUUUACAGUUGCAAUUGAUCAACAGGCACAAGAAUUGAAUUGCAGGUUUAGCGAACAAGCAACAGAGCUUCUCAUGUUGUGUACUUCUUUGGAUCCUAGGGAUUCAUUCAGUUUAUUCAACAUUGAUAAUGUGUGCACUCUAGCUUCAAAGUUCUAUCUCGCUGACUUUUCGGAGCAAGAAAGAAGAACCUUGAGAUGUCAGUUACGGCAUUAUGAGCAUGAUGUACCUACUAAUCCAAAGUUUCAGAAUUUGACAAGUGUAGCUGAUCUCUGUCGGCGACUUGUAGAAACUAAGAAGGCAGAAGAUUAUUAUUUGAUUGAUAGAUUGAUUCGUCUUGUUCUUACUCUACCUGUUUCUACUGCAACGACAGAGCGUGCAUUUUCAGCAAUGAAACUUCUCAAGACAAGACUUCGCAACAAAAUGGAAGAUGAAUUUCUAAGGGAUUGCAUGUUAAUCUAUAUUGAGAGGGAGAUUGCUAUUAAGUUCACGACAGAUGCAAUUAUUGAUGAUCUCUAUGUGAAGAAGAACCGCAAAGUUCGACUAAAAUGAAAUCGUUUGUUUUCACUAACCCACCUUUUUGUAAAGUGUAGCUAGCUUUUGUAAUAUGGUUCCUGGCUGCAUGAAUGAACAAUGAAAAUUUGGUGUCAACUGUCAAGUACACCUAAUCAUUGUAUUCUCCAUAUCCAAUGAAUAUAUGUUGACUUAGCCU